AGACUGGUUCCAGGAAGCUGCUCUGCUGCCUCAGAGUCUGUUUUCUUCAAGUCUUCUUCUGUUCUCUGUCUUGCUUAAAGAAACCCUCCAUGUGUGUGAGCUGAUGUGAACUGAGCAGCAUGGAUCAGUGUGAGGACAGAGAGGACAGAGUCCCUCCCUCUAAAACCACUCUGUGUGGAGAACAUGAGGACCAGAGCAAAGUUCAGAGGAAACAAUCAGAACCACAACCUGGACCUGAACCCAGCUGUGUGUCCUUAAAGAGCAACAAGUCAAAGGAUGAACUUAUUUUAUUUAAAUCAGAUCAACGUUCAACUGCAAACAGGAUCCAACAGACCCUCAAACCAGAACCAGAACCAGAACCCAGCUGUGUGUCCUUAAAGAGCAAUAGGUCAAAGUUUCUUGGUAUUGAUUUUAAAUCAGAUCAACGUUCAGCAGCAAAGAGAGUGGACCAGCAGAACUCAGAGGUUCCCAGUGGUCCAUCUGCCCAGCAGCAUCAAACACAGCUGGACUCCAUAUUUAUGCUGCUGGAGGACAACAUUGUUACUUUUGUGAAGAAUGAGCUGAAGAAGAUCCAGAAGGUUCUGAGUCCAGAUUACCCAGAAGGCUUAGAGAGUCAGUGGGAGGAUGAGGAGGUGUUGGAAGGUGAGGAUGAAGAGAAGAGGAGGAGCAACAGAGAGGCUUUUGUGAAGAUCACACUGAACUUCCUGAAGAAGAUGAAGCAGGAGGAGCUGGCUGAACGUCUGCAGAGCAGAUGUUUUUCCUCAUUUUGUCAACAUAAACUUAAAUCUGGUCUGAAGAAGAGGUUCCAGUGUGUGUUUGAGGGGAUCGCUAAAGCAGGAAGUCCAACCCUUCUGAACCAGAUCUACACAGAGCUCUACAUCACAGAGGGAGGGACUGGAGAGGUCAAUGAUGAACAUGAGGUCAGACAGAUUGAAACAGCAUCCAGGAAACCACACAGACCAGAAACAACCAUCAGACAAGAAGACAUCUUUAAAGUCCCACCUGGAAGAGAUCAACCAAUCAGAACAGUGAUGACAAAGGGAGUGGCUGGCAUUGGGAAAACAGUCUUAACCCAGAAGUUCACUCUGGACUGGGCUGAAGACAAAGCCCACCAGAACAUCCAGUUCAUAUUUCCAUUCACCUUCAGAGAGCUGAAUGUGCUGAAAGAGAAAAAGUUCAGCUUGGUGGACCUUGUUCAUCACUUCUUUGCUGAAACCAAAGAAAUCUGCAGCUUUGAACACUUCCAGGUUCUGUUCAUCUUUGAUGGUCUGGAUGAGAGUCGACUUCCUCUGGACUUCCACAACAAGGAGAUCCUGACUGAUGUUACAGAGUCCACCUCAGUGGAUGUUCUGCUGACAAACCUCAUCAGGGGGAACGUGCUUCCCUCUGCUCUCCUCUGGAUAACCACACGACCUGCAGCAGCCAAUCAGAUCCCUCCUGAGAGUGUUGGCAUGGUGACAGAGGUCAGAGGGUUCACUGACCCACAGAAGGAGGAGUACUUCAAGAAGAGAUUCAGAGAUAAGAAGCAGGCCAGCAGGAUCAUCUCCCACAUGAAGACAUCAAGAAGCUUCCACAUCAUGUGCCACAUCCCAGUCUUCUGCUGGAUCACUGCUACGGUUCUGGAGGAUGUGUUGGAGACCAGAGAGGGAGGAGAGCUGCCCAACACCCUGACUGAGAUGUUCAUCCACUUCCUGGUGGUUCAGACCAAACUGAAGAAGGUCAAGUAUGAUGGAGGAUCUGAGACAGAUCCACACUGGAGUCCAGAGAGCAGGAAGAUGAUUGAGUCUCUGGGAAAACUGGCUUUUGAUCAGCUGCAGAAAGGAAACCUGAUCUUCUAUGAAUCAGACCUGACAGAGUGUGGCAUCGAUAUCAGAGCAGCCUCAGUGUACUCAGGAGUGUUCACACAGAUCUUUAGAGAGGAGAGAGGGCUGUACCAGGACAAGGUGUUCUGCUUCGUCCAUCUGAGUGUUCAGGAGUUUCUGGCUGCUCUUCAUGUCCAUCUGACCUUCAUCAACUCUGGUGUCAAUCUUAUGGAAGACCAGAAAAACAUUUCUGCUUGGUCUAAAUUACCUAAAAAACUAAAAUAUCUCCAUCAGAGAGCUGUGCACAAGGCCUUACAGAGUUCAAAUGGACACCUGGACUUGUUCCUCCGCUUCCUCCUGGGUCUUUCAGUGGAGACCAAUCAGACUAUCCUGCAAGGUCUGCUGACAAAGACAGGAAGUAGCUCACAGACCAAUGAGGGAACAGUUCAGUACAUCAAGGAGAAGAUCAAUGAGAACCUGUCUGCAGAGAAAAGCAUCAACCUGUUCCACUGUCUGAAUGAACUGAAUGAUUGUUCUCUGGUCCAGGAGAUCCAACAGUCUCUGAGUUCAGGAAGUCUCUCCACAAAGAAACUGUCUCCUGCUCAGUGGUCAGCUCUGGUCUUCACCUUACUGUCAUCAGGAGAUCUGGAUGUGUUUGACCUGGAGAAAUACUCUGCUUCAGAGGAGGCUCUUCUCAGACUGCUGCCAGUGGUCAAAGCUUCAAACAUAGUUCUAUUGAAGAACUGUAACCUCUCAGAGAGAAGCUGUAAAGUUCUGGCCUCAGUUCUCAGCUCCCAGUCCUCUAAUCUGAGAGAGAUGGACCUGAGUAACAACAAGCUGCAGGAUUCUGGAGUGGAGCUGCUGUCUUCUGGACUGAAGAGUCCAAACUGCAAACUGAAAACUCUCAGAUUGAAGAACUGUAACCUCUCAGAGAGAAGCUGUGAAGUUCUGUCUUCAGUUCUCAACUUCCAGUCCUCUAAUCUGAGAGAGAUGGACCUGAGUAACAACAAGCUGCAGGAUUAUGGAGUGGAGCUGCUGUCUUCUGGACUGAAGAGUCCAAACUGGAAACUGGAAACUCUCAGAUUGAAGAACUGUAACCUCUCAGAGAGAAGCUGUGAAGUUCUGGCCUCAGUUCUCAGCUCAAAGUCCUCUAAUCUGAGAGAAAUGGACCUGAGUAACAACAAGCUGCAGGAUUCUGGAGUGGAGCUGCUGUCUUCUGGACUGAAGAGUCCAAACUGCAAACUGGAAACUCUCAGUCUGGAACCUGCUGGAGUCCGAUGGUUGAAACCAGGUCUGAGGAAGUAUUCCUAUCAGCUCACAAUUGACACAAACACAGUGAGCAGAGACCUCAAACCAUCGGAACACAACAGGAAGGUGACACGUGGGGAGGAGCUUCGGGCAUAUCCUGAUAGUCCAGAAAGAUUUGAUUACUGGCCUCAGCUGCUGUGUAGUGAUCGUCUGACUGGUCGCUGUUACUGGGAGGUUAAGUGGAACGGAGUAGUUUAUAUAUCAGUGAGUUACAGAAGAAUCAGGAGGAAAGGAUACAGUGAUGACUGUUGGUUUGGAUUGAAUGAUCAGUCCUGGAGUCUGAGAUGUUCUGAUGGUGGUUACUCUGUCUGGCACAAUGACAAGAAAAUCUCCAUCUCCUCCUCCUCCUCCUCUUCCUCCUCUUCCUCCAUCUCCUCCUCCUCUUACUCCUCCUCCUCCAUCUCUAACAGAGUAGCAGUGUAUGUGGACUGUCCUGCUGGCAUUCUGUCCUUCUACAGAGUCUCCUCUGACUCACUGAUCCACCUCCACACCUUCAACACCACAUUCACUGAACCUCUUUAUCCUGGAUUCAGGAUCAAUUAUAAUUCCUCAGUGUUUCUGUGUUGAGUCUAAAGAGUCUCCUCCUGUCAGAGAAACACUCUCACUGUUGAACAGAUAGUUCAGUCUCUACAUGUAUGUCUCUUUCACUCAGAAACAUUUUCACAUUCAGUCGGUUUCUUUCUGAAACUCUUGGAAAAGAUUCCUUGUAAACUUUGUCCUCUUCCAGUCCUUUAAAGAUGGAAGCUGGGAUUAUUCCAGGAUCCAAAGGUUUGGUUCUGUUUCCAGUCAAAGCUUCAUUUAGGGUUUUUCCUCCAAUGUGCUUCCAGUUCUAUACCAAGACUGCUGCUGGAGUUGGUUCUUUACUGGUUCUUUACUGGUUCUUUACAUCUCUUCCAGUAAAUGUUUGAUCCUGGCUCUUAAUAUCACCAUCAGAAGAAGUUUCAACAUUUCUAUCUCCAAUCUUUUCUGUCAUGUUUCUUGUUUGUGUCACUAAUGUAGUUUUUCUUCAUUUGAUCUGAACUGUUUUGUACUUUAGCCCCAGAUAAACAGGCUGCCUCCUCAGGAUCUGUGGGCUGUGAAGCUCAGGGUUUCUGGAACUGAUUUGUGAUGAAAAAUGAUGACGUGAGUGGAGCUGCUGUUUUAACUGCCCCGGUGGUUGUUCAGUUCCUCACUGUUAGUAUCUGCUAUGUUUUAAUGAGCCAGAUCAGUUCACAAUAUGACUUCUGAUGAGACUGUUCCUAAAAGAAGAAUCAUUCCAGACUAUCUGUGGCUGAACUGCAGAUGAUGGAAAUGUAAAUAUUGGAGAAUAAAACAGUAUUUGCUACCAGU